AUGUCGUUCUUCGGCUUUGAUACUACCCUACCGAGGGACCGAGCUCCUGCGGGGGAAAAGAGGGGGUUUUUCGAAGCUCCUGAUCCCUUUGCCGAAGUCGCCCGUGCUGGGGCAGGACGCUUAGGCGACGAUGAUGAUGUCAUCGAUUUUGAGGACACUUACGAUGGUCUAGGGGAUCAGCUGGACGAUUAUCAAGAUGCCUUUAAUGAGGACACGUUCGGCGACGUUGGCACGGGCUCAGUCGGCAAGGACUUCGACUUUUUCGGGCAGACAGCACAGGUUGCGGAUGCUAUCGGUGAGGAGCAAGUUCGCUUCAAUCUACAACACCCGGGUGCUCCUAGUGGGGGCUCGGCAAAAGAGAUUGCUGCUCAGCCUCCAGCAACCAGCGUCUCAGAAGACAAACCCAAACGUACUGGAUAUGAGAAAUACCAGGACCCGGGAUAUAUCCCUGACCUGCAAGCCAAGUCCAGCGUCUGGGGCUUGCAAAAGAAGCCAGAGCCUGUUCAUGAGCCUGUUCACGAGCAUGUUCAUGAGCAUGUUCACCAACAUGUUCACGAGCCUGUAUCGCAAGCCAAGAAAAUGUUAAGCUUGGAGGAGGUCGAAGCUCAGUUACGUAGUCACGGUAUUGCUCCGCUGCCAAACGUUCCCGAAGCCUUUUCACAACUGCCGCCCGAGUUUCUCCAGGCCCAGUUUCCCAAAGAUGUGCCGCCAGCACAUCUUCUGCACCAUCCAUCCAUGGUGCCAGAGCCAUAUUCUCUACCACCAAGUGCGCCAAAUGUGCCAUUGCAUCUCCUGCAAAAUGCCAAUAUUCUGCCACAACACAUGGCACCUCCGCCGCGUCAGGCGAUCCCCCCGCGAGUGCAGCAGCCUCCGCCACAGCAUCCGCCACCGCAGGCUAUAAAGGGAGCAAAUACCGGCCUUCCUUUGAUCACCAACCCUCAGCAGCUGAUGCAGUUGACGGAGGAACAACGCAUGGCAUAUUUGAUGGAGGAUGCGAAGCGGGCAAAGCGCAAUCACAAGAUAUUCCUCCUGUCAAAGGGUAACGGGUUGAUGACUCCCCAAGACAAGAACUUCAUCACGCGGAUCCAAUUGCAACAGCUUGUGGCCGCCGCAGGUAAUGUUGCGCAUGCGGACUUGGAGGCUGUCUUAGCGGAGGACUUUUACUACCAGGUUUACAGCCAGAUCCGUGGUGCGCCUCGGCAGCAUCCGCAUCAGCCUCUUGGCCACUUUGCGCAGACCUACCUGCUUCAGACCGGUAACCGCCUUGGUGGCCAUGGGCGAAGGAAUCUCCAGAGUGCCGACAACCAUAUGCAAAGGAUGCAGCAGCAGGUUCAGCGUGCAGUUGAAGCGGCGAAAGCGAAACCGAAAAACAAGCAGUUGAUUAUCGAGGGCAGUCUGGGCAAGAUCUCUUUCAGCAAUGCCAAAGCGCCGAAGCCAAUGCUCAACAUCAAGCGCCCCGAGACCUCAGACGGAGCCAAGGCUGCCAAGAAGCAACCCACGGACCUGAGCCUCAGUGAUCGGAAGUCCAUCCUGAUGAACAUUGAAAAUGUGUACAGUACUUUGAUGGAGAUGGAAGACAUGGAGCGCACCAUGCCCCCUCUGCCUGACGAGAGUGAUGCUGAAGCCGUCCAGAAGCACUUGGAAUGGCGCCAGAAGAUCCGUUCCUUGAACCAGAAAUUGUGGCAAGAACUCAAGGUCAUGGAGCCUAUUGUUCCUAACACUAACACUCCACAUCCAUUUAUUGCUUUCCUGUCUUAUCCCAAGGGCAAGAAGGCUAUUCCACGCAUUUUCCGUCACAUUGAUCAAGAACAACGAGUCACAAUCCUCACAAUGAUCGUUGUCCACUUGGACACCUUGGACGUGGUUCGAAGCGCACAGCCUGUCCCAGGCGAGAGUCAGCCUUCGCUCGCGGUUAGAGAGGCCAUUGAUCUAUUCUCUCAGGCUGUCAUGCCCAGCCUCUUGGGAUAUGUGAACGAGGCACCAUUCAACAUCAUUAUUGGGCUUCUGGGUCUUGUGAUUGCGCAGACUCACGUACAGCUAGUGGCCAAGACACGCAUUGGAUUGGGAAUUUUGACUAUGUUGCUCAGCCGCGCGGAGAUUGUAAAAGAAGCUGGGCAGGCCGCCGAACGUGACUGGCAACAAUGGGUUGAGAAAUUCAACGUGCUCUUCGACACACUCGAACCAAUCUUUGGCGAUAUAUUCCCCGGGUCGAUUAACGCUGGCGAUGAUAUGUAUGUCUGGCAGUUUUUGGCAGCGGUUGGCAUCGGAGCGAGCCCAGAGCAGCAGCAGCGCUUGGUCAUUGCAGUGAAGGAUCGUGUGAUGGAAACAGUGACAUACAGCAAGACGCUGCCCGCCGAUAUGGCCAGCCAACGACUAGGAAACGUCAACCUAUUUAUGCGUGCCAUUGGACUUGAUGUCGAACUUCUCGGCUAA